AUGCUUCCAAUGCAGAGCUUGCAGCAAGACUUCUACAAAGACCGAUCGUUUUUGUGCCGCCGAUUACGACAUCAGAUUCCUAUAAUAAAGUCACCCAGAAGGCAGAAUUCAUCAUCAAGAUUUCAUCAUAUGGUGGAACGAAUCCAUAUAGAAAGAACUCCAGCAUUUCAUGAGGUUCCACCACAUUUAAGAAUAGACUUAUUUAUAAGAAAGUUACAACAGUGCAAAGUUAUCUGUGAUUUUUCAGAACCUUUGGCUGAAUUGGAGGAGAAAGAACUUAAAAGGCAAACUUUGCAAGAGCUAUCAAAUUAUGUAGCAAGCAAUAGAGGUGUCAUCAUAUCAGAAAGUUUAUACCCGGAAGUUUUGAAAAUGGUUGCACUCAAUUUGUUCCGUACUAUUCCACCACAAGUAAACCCAUCAGGCGAUGCCUUUGAUCCAGAGGAGGAUGAACCAGUCCUAGAACCAGCAUGGCCGCAUUUGCAAAUUGUAUACGAAUUUUUUUUAAGAUUUUUAGAAUCACCUGAUUUUAACAUUGGUUAUGCCAAAAAGUAUGUCGAUCAGACAUUUAUUUUUCAGUUAUUAGAGCUAUUCGACAGUGAGGAUCCUAGAGAGAGAGAUUUUCUAAAAACAACCUUACAUCGAAUCUAUGGUAAAUUUGUCAACUUGCGUGCCUACAUCCGCCGUUCCAUCAACAACAUAUUCUUCCAAUUCAUUUACGAAACUGAACGGCACAACGGCAUUGCAGAAUUAUUAGAGGUCCUCGGAAGCAUUAUUAAUGGAUUUGCUUUGCCUUUAAAGGAAGAGCACAAAAUAUUCUUUAGCAAAGUACUUAUACCACUGCACAAAGUCAAAUACUUGGCUCUUUAUCAUCCACAAUUAGCCUAUUGUAUUGUGCAGUUUUUGGAUAAAGAUCACACGUUAUCGCAAGAAGUGAUUGGCGGCUUGUUAAAAUAUUGGCCUAAAGUCAACAGUCCGAAAGAGGUGAUGUUUUUGAAUGAAUUAGAGGAAGUACUGGACGUUAUAGAUCCCGUUGCAUUUCAACAAUGUAUGGUUCCCUUGUUCGUCAGACUUGGUCAGUGUGUCUCAAGUGAACAUUUCCAAGUAGCCGAGAGAGCUCUUUAUUUUUGGAACAACGAAUACUUCAUUACCUUACUAUCACAGAAUAUGAACGUCCUUAUGCCCAUCAUUUUCCCCAUACUUUAUCAAACAUCCAAAACGCAUUGGAAUAGGACUAUUCUAGGACUGAUUUUUAACGCACUAAAACUAUGUAUGAAUUUGAAUCCACAGUUAUUCGACCAAUGUGUGAAUCAGUAUAAACACCAGAAGCAAAAUGAACGAAAGCGACAAAGAGAGCGCGAAGAGAAUUGGAAAAUUUUACAGCGUAAAGUUUCAGGCACAACUUCACUCACUAUCACAGCGCUUAAUGAUGGCAACAAUAACAUGUAUUAUGCCACUAAAAGCCUUUCAUCUGAUCCUUGUUCUGCUGCAUUUCAAAACGAUGGCACAGUUGAAACUGCCGAUAAAAUUCUUAAUGAAUCUGAGAGUAAUAGCAUCAAAGAGGAAACUGAAGGGAUUCCACACAACGGUGUACCAGCGUCCACUGAUGAACACACAGUACAUUUAGAAGAACAACAUGAUAUUUUAGACACGGAUAUGCAAAACUUUGAGCCCAAUAUAGGACAAUUUCGACAGUUUAGACGCAAGUCUAUUAUACCCGUUGAUGAAACUGUCAUAACAGAAUUAUCUCGCCAUGUCAGCCUCGAUGAAGUCAUGAAUCAGACUCCAAGUGCAGACACAUCUUCAUCCUCCCCCAUUACCCUAGCGAAUAGUUCGCCAUCUUACGACAACGGCGAGAGUAACAAUGCGUAG